CCGGGCUAGAGGACAGUGCCUGCCGCCUGCUCGGGGACCACGGACACGCUACUUCAGGCUUGAGCGCCCCAGCGCCAUGGAUCUAUCUGCUGACGUGUGGGGGCAGGCGAUACUCGAGGCUUCGCAAGUGUACCUCUCAGAUGGCACCGCUGUGCGAAGCCCUUUCGCCAACACGGACGAUCAGAAGAUGCCGGAACCAAGGUGCUGUGAACAUCUUCUCGUACCAGUCGCACCGGGAGAUCUGCCGCUCAUGAGCCACCGUGUGCAAGAAGUGGCGCGUCAUUCGCCUACGACACGCGCGCUCUGAAGAAGUUCUCGCCGGAGAUCUCCGCCUGCACGUCGGCUCGCUCCGAGUCGAGCUGCUCGCGCUCAUCAGCAUCCGCUUCGGCCCCACGUUGCGGUACAUCGAGCUGCCGAUCGAGCUGAUCACGCACACGGUGCUGCACGAGCUGGCGAGCAAGUGCCCCAACCUCACGCACAUGCUGCUCGACUUCUCCACGGCCAUGCAGCUGCACGACUUCUCCGAAAUGCAGGCCUUUCCUGCAAAGCUGAAGUACCUUUGUAUUUGCUUGUCUGAAGUCAUCUUUAUGGAAGGUUUUAUGCGGAAAAUCUACAACUUCAUCAACGGCUUGGAAAUUUUGCACCUGAUUGGAACGUACGAGAAGGUGGAGGAAGAGGAAGAAGAAAUUUAUGAAGUUAUCAACGUUCACAAGCUGAAACAAGCCACUCCAAAUCUGCGUGUCAUCAACCUCUAUGGAAUCAACUUCGUUGAUGACAGCCACAUAGAAGCCUUCAGUUCCAACUGUAUUCAGUUGGAGUGUCUGGCUGUCAACUUCUGCGCGAAGGUCAAUGGUUCGUGUCUCAAGAAUGUCUUCGCCCGCAGCAAGCGGCUCCGUUGCCUCCUCAUGAACCAGACAAACCUGGUGAGCGAGCACGUGAUGCAGGUGGAGUGGGAGAAGACCUCGCUGCAGGAGCUGGACAUCACCGCCACCGACCUGUCCACCGAGUGCCUCAUCGACAUGCUCACCCGCAUCCCCUCGCUGCGCUUCCUGGCGGCCGGCCAGCUCAACAGCUUCAACGACUCGGUGCUGAAGGCAUACAUGGAAUCCGGCAACGUGCGCAACCUGAUCGCGCUGGACCUGGACAGUUCUGACAACCUGACAGACGACGCGUUGCACAAGUUCCUCUCGCGGUUCGGCAGUCAGCUGUGGGGCCUGGGGCUCUCGGGCAUGCCGCAUAUCACCGACCAGCUCUGGCAGUCCGUGCUGCCAAUUCUCACCAACGCCAAGAUCCUGAUCAUGGGGACGCAGGAGCGCCUGGGCGUGAACAUCCACGUGGACCAGCUCAUGGACGGCAUCGCCAACAACGUGCCCAAUCUGGAGCGGCUGGAGCUGCGCUGGGACCCCGAGAACCUGCGCUUCUCAGACAAGAGCCAGAAGGCCAUCGACAUCCUGCGCGUCAAGUGCCUGAAACUGCGCUGCCUCACGCUGAGCGAUGGGAGAUACUACGAGACUACCAAGGCUAACUUUGAGAGAGCAGAUCGUACUACAGUGGUGCGCACAACUACUAGCUGCCGUGUUUCAAACUACUACCUUCUGUACAACUACAAGGACUUGAUCUUCAACUGAAGAUAUCUACGAAUUGAUUCGUAUUAUAUCUUGUUUCUACUUUUCGAACUCCAUGGCAAAUGCAGUUUUAGUGCGUGUGUGACAAUAUUAUUAUAGGCAAUGUAUCAUUGAAGAAUGAAAACAGGCAUGAAUGAACUGCGUCAGUUAAGCCCUGUACAUAUGAAGUAUUUAAUUAUACAAUCACUAAAGAGUACAUUAUUGGAAAAUAACUUGACUUAUAAUAUAAAUAUUUAAAAGAAAACAACUGACUGAAAAAUUUC